AUGUCUAUCAACAAGUCUUCCGAUCCGGCAACUGAAUCAUUCACGCCAGGACAAUGCCUCUUUUGUCCCUCUGCCUUCCCGACACUGGCCGAAAGUAUCGUUCACAUGCAAAGAUCACACGGUCUCUUCGUUCCCUAUCAGCAGCACCUCUUGGUAGAUCUUGAGACACUAUUCAGAUACAUCCAUCUAGUUGUCUGUGAAUACCGGGAGUGCAUUUACUGCGGGACAAGCCGAACAACGGUUCAGGCCGUACAACAGCACAUGAUGGGAAAAGGCCAUUGCAAGUUCGACGUGUCAGAAGGCUCAGAAUUUUCCGAUUUCUACGACUUUUCGCAUGAAUCUCUUGAUCUAGGCGAGGAUGCCGAGAGCGAAAACGACGAGGAAGAGCACUUUGAAAGUCCCCAAGUGAAACCUAGCCGAGAGCCGCUGCAGGUUGAUCGGGAUUCCAUCCGCUUACCGUCAGGGCGACUCAUCUCCAAAAAGUCAUCAGCGCAAGUUGAGCCAUCAGCUUCGCAGAUGCGCGAUCGCAAGUGGACUCCAAGGUCUCAACUCGAGUAUUCUUCUGUCCAAGUUGACGAGGAGAAUCCUAUUCACGAGGAACCUGCACCCGGUACUUCCGAUACACGGCUGCUAUCAAGAAAAGAAAGACGACAAAAGGCAACGGUUACAUAUCAGCUUGCAAACAUGAGCGCCAGCGACCGCAACGCUUUGAUGCACCUGUCAACAUCUGAGCAGCGCUCAUUGAUAGCAACCCAGCACCGAUUUACGGAAAAGGUUCAGAAGGAAGAAAGUAGAAGGCAACGCAAGAUUGACAGGAAGGGCAAUAAGAAUUUAUAUGCUUAUUGGCAUACGGAAACUCCAGUGUAUCAGUGUGGAUAG